CAAUUUAUACUGUCUUCAUUGUAUAAAAUGGAUGUCGCAACAUUCAAAAAUUUGCUGGAGCGGCUGCAAAGUGUGGAUCAUGGUACGCGAACUGAAGCUGAGAGUGCUCUUGGAAAUAUUUCUCCUACGGAGAGACUCAGUUUGUUUUUGCAAUCAAUGACUGAUUCUUCAUUGGUCACUAGUGCCCGAACCCUAGCGGCUGUUUUGUGCCGUCGCUUAUUAAUGAAUGACUGUGAAGAAGCAUUUGGUCCUUUACCAGAAGAUACUAAAAACCAAAUUAGACAGCAGCUAUUAGUGGCAAUUGUAAAUGAACCCGUUAAUUUGAUGCGUCGUAAAAUUGCCGAUGUUGCUGCAGAAUUAGUUCGUGAACAUUUCGACGACGAUGGCGUUUGUCAAUGGAGAGAAUUCCAACCUUUCAUCUUCGAAUGUUUCAAAUCUCCCGAACCGGGUCUUCGUGAAAUAGGCUGUCAUCUUUUUGCUAUUGUACCAGCCAUUUUUGGACCCGAUCCAAAAAAAUUACUGACCGACAUUGGCCACAUGCUUGGUCAGGCUCUUCAAGAUGCCGAUCCUAAAGUUCGUGAAGCUGGCUUCCGCGCACUUUCUGCUUUUCUUGUCCAUAAUGCCUCCGAAAACUCCAUUCAAGUUUCUCUCAGGGAUCUUGUUCAACCCGCUCUGAUGGCGAUCGCAGCCAACUUGGAAUCUGAUUCCGAAGAUGACACAAUGCUUAAAUGUUUGGUUGAAAUGGCAGAAUCCACUCCUAAAUUUAUUCGCCCCUACCUUCAAGUCACUUUAGAACUCUGCUACAAAGUUCUCUGUAAUGCCGAUCUCUCUGACCCAAUCCGCCACAUUGCGUUAGAGGUGAUUAUAACACUGGCAGAGAAUAUCCCUUCAGGUGUUCGUAAAGCGGGCAAGGAAAUGAUUAGACCUCUCGUUCGAACCCUCCUUCAAAUGAUGACUGAACUGGAAGAUGAUCCCGAUUGGGCGACAGCUGAUACUCCAGAGGAGGAUGAAGAAGAUAGCAAUGCCAUUACUGCUGAGAUGGCUUUGGAUCGGUUUGCUUGUGCUAUGGUUUCCCAAGUCGUAUUGGAUGAGAUCACUCAAACUGUUCCGAUCAUGUUGGAAGAUCCGGACUGGAGAAAACGUCAUGCUGGUCUUAUGGCUGUUUCGGCUUGUGGAGAGGGUUGUCACAAGCAGAUGGAGGGUAUGCUGGGUUCUAUCAUUCAAGCUGUUAUUCCACGUAUGGCUGAUCCUGAACCUCGUGUCAGGUAUGCUGCCUGCAAUGCUAUUGGACAAAUGGCAGCUGAUUUCGGGCCUAAACUCCAAAAGAACUACCAUUCUGCUAUCAUCCCAGCUAUCAUGCAUGUCCUCGACGAUAAAGUCCCACGCGUUCAGGCUAAUGCAGGAGCAGCUUUGGUUAAUUGUUGUGAAACAUCAAUGAAGAGUGUCUUGCUUACCUAUCUCGAUGAUCUUGUUAACAAACUACAAGAAGUAAUGACUGCCAAGUUUCACGAAAUGGUUGAAAAAGGACACAAGUUGGUCCUUUUGCAAACUGUUACUUCAAUUGCUGCUGUAGCAGAUGCAUCUGGGGAAAACUUUGCUCCGUACUACGAUCGAUUCAUGCCGGGUUUGAAGUACAUUAUGGAGAACGCGAUUCAUCCUGACUUGAGACUUCUUCGUGGUAAGACAAUUGAAUGCAUUAGUUUGAUUGUCUUGGCCGUCGGAAAGGAAAAAUUUAUGCAGGAUGCCAAUUCAAUUAUGACCCUCUUCAUGAAGACUCAAACAGCUAUUGGUGGGGAAAGUGCUGGUAAAGGUUCAAAUGAGGAUCAAUUUGAUGAUGACGAUCCGCAAGUUAAUUACAUUAUCACAGCUUGGGCUCGUAUUUGCAAACUCAUGGGACGUUCCUUUGAGCCUUUCUUGCCAACAGUAAUGCCACAAGUGCUAAAAACAGCACGUAUGGCGCCUAAAGUUUGCGUUCUAGAUGACGAGGAAGCUGAGUCAUUCGAUCCUGAGUCUUGGCAAAUUCUGUCCAUUGGAGAAGAUCAGAACUGUGCUAUUAGAACUAGCAUUCUUGAGGAUAAGGCAACUGCCUGUCAAAUGCUCGUCUGCUAUGCUCGUGAAUUAAAGGAUAGUUUUGCUCCUUAUUGUGAAGAGGUCCUGAACACAAUGCUCCCCCUGCUCAGUUUGUGUCUCAACGAUGAGAUUCGUAGCGCUGCUGCUGAAAUUAUGCCUUAUCUUAUGGCUAGUAUGAAAAAGUCUCGACCCGACUUAAUCGCUGGCGCCUGGGAUAAGGUUUUCAGCAAACUAAUUGAAGCUAUUUCUACUGAACCCGAACGGGAAAUCGUUGCUGAGUUAUUGGAAUCGCUAGCUGGUUGUAUCGAGAACCUAGGCGUUGGCUAUCUCAAUUUUGAGCGCAUGACCGAAAUUCAUAGACUUCUGGAUCGUUUCUUUCAUGAGCAUUUUGAAAAGGAUGAAGAAAGAGCUGCUAAACGACAGGAUGAAGAUUACGAUGAACAGGAAGAAGAGAGAAUUCUCAACGAAAAAGACGAAGACGAGUACGUCCUCUCAAAAAUGUGCGAAGUUAUGCGGGCAAUCUUCUCUACUUACAAGACCGAAGCCCUUCCUCUUUUCCAACAACUUAUGGUUCAUGUUGUUAAACUCCUGGAACCCAACCGUCCAUGGUCUGAUUUGGAGUGGGGUCUGUGCUUUAUCGCUGACUUGAUUGAGUGCGGUGGUCCUCAGUCCUUUGCCAUGAAGGACUUCUUCAUUCCUGCCAUUGCACGUGCUAUUAUGCACAGACAAAACUCUAUCAGGCAGACGGCAAUCUUUUCUAUCGGUGUUAUGGCUAUGUUUGGUUGUGAAAAUUAUGUACCAACUCUGACUGAUUUUGUGCCACCGCUAAUUCAAAUAAUCGAGUCUCCUGAAUCUAGCAGCGAUGAAAAUAACAUGUGCCGUGAGAAUGCUGUCGCAUCCAUGACAAAGAUUAUGAAGUAUCGGCCAGAGGCCUUGGCUCCUGCUGGUCUAGGUGAUAUGGAUUCUCUAAUCGCACGUUGGGUCACAUGGUUGCCAAUUUGGGAAGACGAUGAGGAGACAGUUCAUGUUUAUGGCUACUUAUGCGAUUUGGUUGAGGCGAACAAUCCUGCUGUUCUUGGUGGUCCUUCAAAUACCAAUCUCCCACGAAUUGUGGCUGCAAUUGCUCGAGUAUUCUCCGAGAAGGGUCUUUCUAAAUCAAAUGAAGAAGAAGAGGGCGCCGGGGUAGCUGCCGGUGACCAGCAACAUACCGUCAAUGGCUCAAAAUCCGCACCAGUAGUGUAUGAUCGUUGUGUUGCAAUCCUUCGGCUUAUUCAAGGCAAUUCGUCAGUCUUUGAGGCUUGUAUGUCCCAACUGUCUGAGAAAGAACGACAAACUAUUGUUGCCUCUCUCAGUUAG